AUGGCUCCAGUCGCUCUUCGAGAUAUCGCGGAAAGCCCUGAGCUCCAGGGCACCGAGAUGGUCUCGACCAAACCUCGCUCAAUCCCUCUUCUCAGCCCUCCAUAUCCUCCCUGUCUCGUUACAGACUACAUCAGAUACCAAGUCGAGUCGAAUCCUGAUGCUCCCGCUGUUCAAUGCGAGCAGGAGCAACCGUACAGCUAUGCCAAGCUCUGGCAACUCGUCGAGCACAUUGCAACAGCGGCACAAUUCCGCUCCGGUCGUAUUAUACCCCUCUGUAUGGACCCGUCAGUCGAGUUUGUGGCUACCGUGCUGGCCAUCCUCUGGUCCGGAUCUGCCUAUGUCAUUCUCGACCCGGAAGGUUCUGCGCAACGUAACCGCGUUAUUGCGGCGGAUUGCGGUACGGAAGCUGUCGUCGUCCAUGAAAAGUAUGCUUCCCUGUUUGAUCACAGCGUCACCAUCGAGAGUAUCCGGUCGACUGAACAGGCCCAUGUACAACUUAACCCUCCUUCGAUCAGUCCAUUCGACCUGGCAUACUUAAUCUAUACCUCUGGCUCAACUGGUACCCCCAAGGGCGUCCUCCUCAGCCAUCGUGCUGUCUCUCAUGGCAUCGACCAAUUCCAACUCAACGGCCGCAAGCGAUGGCUGCUCUUCUACAACCCCAUCUUCUCCGCAGCUCAGAGAACCAUUCUUGCCACCCUGUCCAAGGGCGCCUGUCUUUGCCUCGCCAGAAGGGACCGACUCGCAACUGCUUUGCCCGAAGUGUUGAACAACCUCCAGAUCGAUGCCCUGGGUAUCACUCCCUCAGCCCUCGCCUUGCUGUCUCCCGACGAGACACCCAAAUGCUUGCAACAGAUCACCACCGUCGGCGAGCCCCUCAGCCAGACUCUUGUCGAUACAUGGGCAGACAAAGUACACCUGCGCGUCUCAUAUGGACUCAGCGAAUGUGCUCAACUGAACUUCUCCCGUCAACUCCAGCCAGGUGAUAACCCCCGCAAUCCUGGCCUCCCAGCAGACACAACCACCGCCCUCGUCCUGGAGCCCGGCACCGUCAAUCCUCUUCCUGUCAAUGAGCCGGGCGAGCUCUGUCUAUAUGGUCCUCAGAUCGCCAAUGGCUACCACCAAAGACAGAAGGAAACCCAAGCUGCCUUUGUCAAGGCGCCAGAGGGCAAGCCCGGCACGAUGAUGUUCCGCACUGGCGAUUUGGCCGUCAAGCGUGCGAAUGGAACAUUUGAAAUCCUGGGUCGUAUUGAUCACCAGGUCAAAAUCCAUGGUCAGAGAGUCGAGCCUGAAGAAGUGGCUGCGAAACUCGCGUCGGUGACGGGCGUGGCCGGCUUGGUGUGUGUGGGAUGCUACAUCAACGAGCGCAUGUCUCUCGUGGCUGCUGUCGUCCCUUCACCCGAGAGUGACUGGGGCAGACUCGUGCAGGAGCUGCGCAAUCAUGCACGCCAGUCUUUCCCGCCGUAUAUGGUUCCUAGUUAUUGGCUGUCGUGCGCCGAAUUUCCCAUCAACCAAAAUGGAAAAGUGGAUUUCCGGGCCAUUCGUCAACUUGCCGAAGGAACUGAGGUCAGCCAGAUGUUGGGCCAUAGCACGUUACCGAACAGCGGUGCGGCGACUGGCUUCAGCGAGAUUGCCUUGGAGAUUGCGCAGGUUUGGGCUGAAGUUUUGAACCUGCCCGCGUCCUCCAUCAUACCCACAGAUUCCCUGGUCGCAUUGGGAGGAACGUCCAUUGACGCAAUCCGCGCGAUUCGAGAACUAAAGCAACGCGGAAUCCAUGUCGAGUUGGCGGAUAUGCUUCAAGCGCAGACGGUCGAGGAAAUUGCGGAUACUGCCCAAUUGGACUCGACUGCAACUCACGAUAUCAAUGAGCCCUCUAAGCCGUUUGGAUACAUCUCCGACUCAGCGCUCAAGGCGGACUUCCUGGCCGACCGUCGUGUUGUCGAUGCUUAUCCUGUCACAGCACUGCAAGAAGGCAUCCUGGCCAGCACGCUGCAAGGAAACCAGCACUAUCUCUAUCAGCGCAUUUUUGACAUUCGCCAUCUCGACCUUGUACGGUUGCAGCUGGCAUUCCAAGUCGUCUUCUGGCGUACGAAACUUCUCAAAUCCACCUUUGUCACCGCAGCCAAGGGUUUCGUUCAGGUCGUCCGCAACGACUUCAACCUACCUUGGUCGGAGGUCUCCAUGAGUCUAGCCGAAUAUCUCGAAGAGGACAAAACCAGAGGCGUCACACUAGGCGAGCCAUUCCUGCGUGUCGCCGUCCUGGACGGAAGCAUUCUCGUCGUCUCGGUUCAUCAUGCGCUCUUCGACUUCUGGUCACACAGAUUCCUUUUCGACGAUGUCGCUCGUGUGUACUACGGCCGUCGUCCCGAGAAGCGUCCGGAGUGGAAGUCUUUCGUGGCCCUUCUGCACGCACGAGACACAAAGUCAUCCCAGGAUUUCUGGAGAGAACACCUCUGUGAGGCGGUUCCAACAGUUCUCAAUUAUGCUCCUGUGGCAAAAACGUCCACGGUCAGGCGCAUUGUCAGCCAGGAUGUCAAGGCCGCAUCAUCGGCUUUGCGUGCUCCUCUGAGUGCAAUUAUCCAUGCGGCCUGGGCUCUUGUUCUCUCAUCCCACAUUGCUUCAAAGUCUGUCACAAUGGCAACAGCUGUUUCCGGUCGCGAGUUACCUGUUCCAGGGAUUGAGGCCCUGAACGGACCCACCCUGGCUGUCGUCCCUUACGCCGUCGCAAUUGAUCCGGAGCUGACACUUCAGCAGCUGGUGCAGUCGGUCAACGCCAGUCUCUGGAAAGUCAUCAAGCACUCCCAGUUCGGAGUGCGUAAUGCCCUGGCCGCUGCCGAGCGCCAGAGCACUACUCUCUUCGACACCAUGGUCAAUAUCCUCGUCAGUGACAAGGCUAAGGAUGAUAUUUCCAAGGAGGUGUUCCAGCUGUAUGGUCGGCGACCAGUAUGGAGAACUGAGUACACGACACUGAACGUUGAGGAGGGCGUUGCAGGUAUUGAGGUCACGCUCACAUCGCCCAUGGAAGCGCGUCGUUUGCAGUUCAUUCUCGACCAGUUCUGCAUGGCACUAAAUCUGAUCGCAUCCAAUCCUCGACAGACAGUCAAGACAACGAAUCUGGUCAGCGAGACGGAGCUACAGUUCAUGCUUCAGUCACACAACGCCCUGCCUGGUGCCACUCGCACAUUGCACGGCCAAUUCGAAGCCACGGUCCAGAGAUACCCCGAUCGAAUAGCCAUCAACUACCAGAACGAGCUGUUCCUCACAUACGCUGAACUGGAUACCCAGGCGAACCGCAUGGCGAACUAUCUCUCCGAGCGCGGGGUCGUGCCCGGUGACAUCGUCCCUCUCCUCUUAGAGAAGUCGCCAUUGAUGAUCAAGGCCAUUCUCGCAUUGUUCAAGCUCGGCGCAGCUUAUGUGCCUUUGAGCCCUGAGAAUCCCUUGGAAAGGAACGCGUACAUCGCUCGCGACGUCAGCGCCAAGUUCGUCCUCACAGAGAAGGAACAUGAAUCGUACUUUGCCUCGGAAAGCGAUAUUCCUAGCAUCCUCCUGGAUCAGGCCAGACUUUGCGCAUAUUGCCCCGAGCCACAGACAGUCGCUGUCUCUCCGGAUGCUCUCGCCUAUCUCCUCUACACCUCGGGAAGUACCGGUCUUCCAAAGGGCGUCAUGGUGACACAUGGCGCUUGCGCAGCUGCCAUGCAAUCGAUUAUCGAAUUUGAGCAUCGACAGGGCCAGGAGUCAAGGAUGCUGCAGUUCUCAAACUAUGUCUUUGACGUCUCGCUGUACGACGUCUUCGUAGCACUGCACAGCGGCGGCACUCUCUGCAUUGCACCCUCCGAGCGCCUGUUGAACAACCUGGCCGAGGUUAUCAACGAGAUGAACGUCAACCACGUCUUCCUCACUCCGACUGUGGCUCGACUGCUGAGCCCCCAGGAUGUUCCCAAGCUGGAGUCUAUGACGGUUGGCGGUGAACAGCUGACCCGUGACGUGGUGACAACAUGGGCAUCGCGUGUGGCACUUCGCAAUGGCUACGGGCCCACCGAGGCCUCCGUCCUGGUGACGAUGAAGGGUGUCGAUACUGACACGAUCGGAGGCAAUAUCGGCAAGCCCCUCGCGUCUGUGGGUGCCAUCGUCCUGGAAGCAGAUGGAGUUCGACCAGUCCCUUACGGCGCUGUCGGAGAGCUGUGCUUCUUUGGGCCACAGCUUGCGCAGGGGUAUUUCAAGAAACCUGAUAUCACCAGUGCCGCUUUUAUCGAUAGUGAAGUGCUCAAGGGCCAACGCUUAUACCGCAGUGGAGACUUGGCCCGAUAUCUUCCCAACGGAGACAUUGAGUGUUUAGGCCGCAAAGACGACCAGGUCAAGAUCAACGGACACCGAAUCGAACUGGGAGAGAUAGAACAGGCCUUCUUGCGAACGGGUGAGGUCAAGGACUGCGUGCUGACGGUCUGGAAGCAGAACAGCACUGCGCAUCUUGUCGCGGUUGCCGUUUUCGAUGGUGCUACUGCUGAGAAACUGGGCGAGAUUCUUCCCCUGGAGAGUUUUGUUGAAAAUGUGCAGCAUGUCCGAGCCAAGCUCACUGGACUAACCCCGUACAUGAUUCCAAAGGCAAUUGUGCCUCUAUCGUCGCUGCCGAGACUACCCUCCGGCAAGGCCAACCGCAAACAGCUCAAGGCGAUGGUGCACUCGCUGAGUCAGGGUGAACUGACCAAAUUCUCAUUUGACAAGAUCGGCACUGCGCAGUCAAAGGGGGCGUUUAUCCCUCUGGUAACUGAGACCCAGAAGGUACUGCAACAAGGAUGGAUCGAAACUCUGCAGCUUGCCGACGACGAAUUUGGUUUGGAAGCCGACUUCCUCAGCCUCGGCGGCGAUUCCAUUGCCGCCAUCAACCUCGUCAGCUGGCUCAGACGCAAACAGCUCAAGAUCUCCGUGCGAGAUGUGCUCAAAUACCCUGGUCUUGGGGCAAUGGCCGACCAGCUCAAGGGCGAGUCAGACGACGCACACCAGGUGCAACAGAAGACUUUCACUCCUCCCUCAGAGGUUGAUGCUGCUAUAUCUGCCACUGGUCUGCAGGCGACUGAGUAUGAGUACAUCUAUCCUUGCCCUCCGGGACAGGCCGAAUUCCUGACCCAAGGUGCGCAUCCUGAGGCGUUGUGGAGUCUGAUGACCGUCCGGAAGGUCGGCAAUGAGUUUGAACCAAGACAAUGGAUUGACCUGGUUCGACAGCUGACGACGACCAAUGACAUUCUACGCACGACCUUCACUCGCUGUCAUGGAAAGUGGUAUGGAGUUGUUCUCCGCGACGCAAACCCCGUGGUCGAGAUCUAUGAAACUGUCAGCGAUGAGGAGCAGAGAAAGCAGAUCAUCAAGACUCUUGACCAUUAUCGGUUUGUGUUUGGCAAGCCCUUCAUUCGCUACGCCAUUCUCCAUCUGUCGACGGGCGAGACAGAGAUUGUCACCAAGCUCGACCAUGGCCUGUACGACGGAACGCUUCUUCGCAUCUUUGGUGAGCACUUUGAGGCUUACCAGCGCAAUGUCGCGUUGGAACGCUUUACUUCAUUCAAAGACUUUGCAUUCCACAUCUGGCAGAUGGACAAGUCCCGCACGCUGUCGUUCUGGAAGCAAUCCGAGAAACGCCCCAUUGCCUUCGAAUUCCCCAGCGGCAAUGCUACCGAACCACGCAUCAACUCCGUGUUUGUACACACCAUCAACCUUGAGUUUGAUGCAUUCGCCAAGUCCACCGGGGCCACUGUCUCCAUCAUCUUCCAGUCCGUCUUCCAGCUCUGGCUGGCGCUGCGCAGCAACCAACGCGACGUCGCCUUCGACUACCUCUACACCGGUCGCAACGUUGAUCUACCUGACCCUCAAACCAUCAACGGCACCUGUGCAAACUUCCUUCCCAUGCGGUCGAAGGUCGAUGCGUCAAUGCCUGUGUCAGAGUUCCUUCGUCGAACUCAGGAUGAAUUCUGGCAGUACACCGAAAAUAGUACCGUGGGUAUGGACGAGAUUCACGAAGCCUGUGAAACAACGCGUGAAGGAUUCUCGAACAAGACCCUCUUCCUCUUCCAGCCAUUUGAGCCGGUCAUCGCGACAGGGAAGCAGUACCAGAAGUGGGUGGUGAUGGCCAAGUCCGAGGUGACGAUGCCGCAGCCAUACGCGGUCGUAUUUGAGGUUGUCAAGACAGCGGAUGUGAACGAGUAUAAGCUCAAGUUCGCCUUUGACAGAGGUAUAUAUGAGAAGGAACAAGUACAGAAUGAGACACAAGUGAUUGAGAAGAUGUUGGCGAAGGUGAUGGAGGAUGCGGAGGCGUCCGUAGGUGAUGUUCUAGCAUCGUUUCGAUCUUGA